AUGGAGGCCAUCGACAGCGACGCGUACAAGAAGGCCAAGGAAGCCUUCGUCUCGGGCAACAAUGGCACGACGAUGGGCGAGAUCGCGCUCAUCCUCUCGAUCCUCUCGACGAGCAUGUGGUUCUACAACGAAGUCGUGUUCGUCCUCGAGCGCUCGGGGCUUCUCGCCGGCUCCAAGCUCCAGCGCACGGCGAUCCUCUUUAUCAUUGAGUUUACCGUGCUCGUGUUGCCCAUUUUGAUCGGCUUUACGUUCACCGAGUACUCGCUUCCGAUCACUGUCUUCUUUGGCGUCUUCUCGGUCAUCCUUGGCGUGCUCUCUUGGAAGCACGCCAACGAGCCAAUUCAAAAGCUCGCGCGCAACGAAAAGCUCACGCUGCUCAACGGCAAGGAGAACCCCGCCGUGACGUGCUUUCGCGCCCAAAUGAUGGUGUGCACCGUCGUCGCGAUCCUGGCCGUCGACUUUACCAUCUUUCCCCGGCGCUUCUCCAAGACCGAGACCUUUGGCGUGAGCUUGAUGGACAGCGGUGUCGGUCUCUUCAUCAUGUCGUCGGCGCUUACGUCGGCGUACGCGCGCGGCGCGACCACAAAGCACGCGUCGUCUCGCGUCUCGUUCCGGGCGAUUUGGGGGCUCUUCCGCCCCAUGAUCCCCGUGCUCGUUCUCGGCGUUGUCCGCUUCAUUACGGUCAAGAAGGUCAACUACCAGGAACACGUCACCGAGUACGGUGUGCAUUGGAACUUUUACAUCACGCUCGCGAGUCUCUACUUUACGUACUCGCUGCUCUCGCUCUUUGGCUCGAUCUUCGUGUCGGUGCCCGCGGCCAUGCUCAUGCUGUUUGGCUACCAACUCGCGCUCUCCAACUACGGCGUGGAGGACUACAUCUUCCAUGCGCCGCGCAUCGACCUCUUUAGUAUGAACCGCGAAGGCAUCUUUAGCCUCUGUGGCUACUUGCCGCUGUACAUUUUGUCGGUCGCGAUCGGUCAAAUCAUCUUUUCCCAGUCCAAGGUCGGCACCAAGAUGCUGCGCUCGAGCCGCUGGAUCGCCGCCGAGCUCUUUAUGAUCUGCUUUGCCUGCUACCUGGCGACCGAGGCUCUCACGCGCCACGUGACGCCGGCGUCGCGCCGUCUCCUCAAUGUGCCGUAUGUUGGCUGGGUCCUCGCCCAGGGUCUUGUCGUGCUCGUGACGCACUCGGUCGGCAACUUGCUCAGCAUUUGGCCGCGUGUGCCAAUUCUUUUCCGAGGCAUCUCGCGCAACCAGCUCUUUGUGUUUUUGGUCGCCAACCUCUCGACGGGCGUGGUGAACCUCAACAUGCGCACGAUCUACGCCUCCGAGACGACCGGCGCGGUCGUCCUCGUCCUCUACCUCCUCGGCGUCUCGGUUGUCGCCGUCGCACUCGACUAUUGCAACAUCAAGAUCAAGUUGUAG